AUACCCAACUUAAAAAUAAUGGCGGGUAUCGGGGAAUUCCACCGUCAUGAUUUUUCAUGCUGUUGCAAAUUUAUUGUAAAAAGUUGGUGAAACAGGUGGAUCUAACAGGGUUGUUAAACUUGAUUGUGCUUCAUAUGCGAAAUUCGGGGAGAAAAUUACAGUGGUGAGGAAAUUUUUUAUUGUGUUGGAGUCUCACAGUUAAAUUAUAAUGUUCAUGAUAUCUAAAUUGAGAUACAGCUGUCACUGUUUUCAGAAAGUGUACCGUUUUAAAUCCACUAACGUGCAAAUUGUGGAAUUCUGUAUUGAAUAGCAUUGUUUUGAUUUGCAGCCAAAGGUUUGUAUGAAGAAAUUAUCAGUCUUUAGAUAGUGAUUUCAGAUGAAAUGAUUGUGACUCGGUAGGAACGAUGGGAGAAGACGAAUUCCGGGUUCGCUGUAUUAUCUCAGAUGAGGAAGAUGGACAAGAGAAGGCAUCUGAGACCAUGAAACAAGCUCACAAGAGCCUGAUCGAGGAAGGAUUCAGUGUCUGUUGGAUCAGGGACUCCGACUGCUUAAAGAUUGACCGAAAAGAGAAAAAUUGUGUUUAUCUCUACGAUCCAUUUGGCGGCAAAUCUUUCAACCACAUCAAAAAUUUGGGGUGCAGAAUAUUUGGACCACUCUGCAUUUUGUCUUCACUUGAGUACAAACUUGAUAUUCCCAAGAGGAACGUUCCUGUCUACAACCUGGCCAUGAAGGAUGUUGUUAUUUGCUGCACCAAUCUCGUUAAACAGAGAAGGAACGAAAUACAUGACAAGGUAGAGGCCAUGGGAGGCACUGUUAGCCGGGAUCUAACGAAUAACGUCACACACCUCAUUGCGGGGGAGGUCGGCAGCAAAAAAUACCAGGUGGCAGCUACCACUGGCAAACAUAUUUACCUCCCUUGUUGGGUGGACAGAGUAUGGGAAGCCUCUCAGAGCAGGCACAUCCACGGCAGUAGUAGUCAGUUUCUGGAGUACUCCUGUCCAAUUUUUAAGGGACUGGUCAUCACAGUGUCUGGUCUGGACUCGGAGGAAAGGAAUCAGGUCAAAAAAGCCGUGGAAGCUGAAGGAGGUAAAUAUACAGGAGAAAUGAAGGUCAACGAGUGCACGCAUCUGAUCAUCAACAAGCCCAAAGGCGCUAAAUACGAGUUUGCGAAGAAAUGGAAGAUUCACAUAGUGAAAUCUGAUUGGUUGUAUGACUCCAUCGAGAAGGGGUACUGCUUAGAAGAGCGACAGUUUAGUUUGACUGAUGAUAUGGAUGAUAAAUCCGAGGUCAAAACAUCGACCCCAGAGAAGGAAAAUGGAUGUAGAGUUGAUCGAAAUUCCACAUUGGCUGACAUCAGCUGUAUAUCAAACGUAUCAAUGAUCCAGAGGACACAUCUAAAUGAAACAUCGAGCACCACUCAGAACAGGAAGUCAACAGAUGAGUUUGAGACGACCUUGGAAUCCAUUGAUCUCUCCAAAUCUUCAUCAGAUCUCUUCCUAGAUGGCUGUAAGAUAUAUUUGAGUGGUUUCAGAGGAGUUGCUUUGGAGAAAUUGAGAAAAGUCAUAAAUGCGGGGGGAGCCACAAGGUUGAACACCCUCAGUGAGAAUGUCACUCACGUGAUAGUAGGCGAGAGGAUUGAGAAAGAUCUCGAGAUGCUGAGAAGAGCCACUUACAGGCCGCAUGUUUUGACCCCGGUCUGGAUGGCUGAGUGUUUCAGACAAGGCUUUACGGUCAGCGAGGACCCCUACAGACUUUCUGAAUUCCCGACCAUGGAUCCACAGUCUCCCCAGGGGAAGAGAAAACUGUCGGAGGUGAAGAAUAAGGAGCCUCAGGAAGAGAGGCCGGUUGAAAAGCCAGGGGCACCGGACGGAGAUGAUGAUGAAUUCUCUGACAUUAUGAGCCAAUAUCUUCUUCAAGCUGAUCAGGGUCCCGCUCCAUCAGGGGAGAGAACUGUGAUAGACACGGCAGCAGUCCCUACAGAGAAGGGCGCGACACAGGAACCUCAAGCAACUCCUGAAGAAGAGGAGGGUCCUAUAUUUAACAAAAAGGUUUUCAUGUUCUUUGGGUUUGAAGAGGAACAUGAGGGAGAGCUUAUAGACUACAUUGUGGAAAAGGGAGGGACAGUAUCCAAGGCAACCAGCCGUGUGAUACCUGACUACGGGGUGGUGCCCAUCAAUGGAUUUCCUGUAGACCGAACAGUUCAAGAGAUUGUCACCAAUGCCUGGGUGCAAAUAUGUUUGGAGCAGGACAGACUAUUAGAUGUGUCCAGUAAUGUGUUAUUUUCUCCCAUGGACAUCAAGAUGGACGCUGCCCCCCUCACAGGUUGCGUGCUCUCUGUCAGUGGCUUUGCUGGGACAGAGAGGGAUUGUCUGAUGCAUAUCGCUGAGCUUCUCGGUGCUGAAUGCCAAGAAUAUUUUGUACGCAAGGCCAGUAAGGAUUUGAAAGCCAGUACUCACCUGGUUGUCAAGGAAGCAGAAGGUUCUAAAUACCAGGCAGCCAAAAAAUGGAACAUUCCAGCCAUCUCUAGGAGGUGGAUAUUUAAAUGUGCCAAAUCUGGAAAAAGAGAAGCAGAGAACAAUUUCUUGAUAGAAAAUGAACUUACAGAUUCUCAGAAUCUCACCACAAGUGUUCAAAUACCCAUCAUUACAAACGCUCAAAUCAAACAAUCUGACAGCAGCCAGAUAAACCAAUCUAGCCACAAAAACCAAAAGGUAGACUGUGAAAAAGUAGAGAGUCCAGAGGAGAUGGAGUGUGACAAAUGGACAGGUGCCCCUGAUGACAAGGGGCACCUGCUGUUAAAUUCAAGUGAUAAACCUGACAAUAAUGACAAAGAAAUGAAGAAAGAGGAGGAAAAUUCAAAAGGUGGUGGAUCUAAGGAAAAACCAGAAACGUGGGAGUCUGGCAUGGAGACAAAUCAGGAUGAUCUGUUAAUGUUAGGGAUGGAUACAGGUGAAAACAGCAGGCAGGGAUCACUGAGGGGUGGAGAAAGAAAAGAAUCUCCAGAAAAAACAGAUAUACCAGAGAGUCAGAAAGAGAACAUGGCUGGGGUGAAGACCCCCAAUUUGACUAAUCAGAGAGUCAAGGAGUUGAAGACAGAUGAAAGGGAGAUAAAUCCACGAAACACGUCACGACGAGAAAGCUUGAAUGAGUCUACUGGGUCGUUAGAUCUGGAAAAGUCCUUCCACCCCCGAUUUGAUUUUUCCGAUGUACUGAAGAACCUGGAAACGCCCGAGGGUCAGAAAGGAAAACAAAGAAAAGUUGGCCGCAGGAAGUCCAGUCUGCCAUUUGAUGAAUUGUUUGAGGAGGCCAUUCAUGCAGCUGCCAAAUUCACCACAGAGUACAAAACCAUGGCGACCGCGGACGAAGUGGACGGGGUCUGUGACAGGGCUAAUGACAAUUUGGUGCGCCCAUUGAAAGGAGUGAUAAUCUAUGUGAGUAAGAAAUUAAGUGGGCAGCAGGCAGAGCUGAAUGACCUAGUGGCAGAACUGGGAGGGGAUUAUAAAUGGCAGUAUGACACAUCCUGCACACACUUCAUAUUCCAGGGGAAAACGAAUGACACGACCAAAGAAUUCCGAAUAGCUAGAGAACAGAAGAAGAUCAUCGUGUCCCCGCUCUGGCUUCGCUUGUGUAAAGAACAAAAUGUGAGAGUAGACGAAUCUCUGUUUCCACAUAGCUACAAUCCCAAUAUGACGCUGUCGGUGGUAAGGAAAGCAACUCCAGGUCGGAGUUCUCCAGUGAAAUCAAUAGCCACUCGAAGCACGCCCCAGAGAGGGACAAGAAGGUCAACCCGGGCCAGCUCCAGUAAACAGUCGGAGGGUAUCGAGACUGACGACCUGCCGAAACCGACCAGUCCAACAUCAUUACCCACUGUCACAGACUCCAAACUGAACAAAAGGAGCGGGGCCACAACGCCAGAACCCAGUGAUAAACAACAACGAAUGUCACCCGACAGUGAAGCUAUUGGUGCAGGCACAGAUGCUGUCACAGAGGAGCCAAUAGAGAUGGCAGGUACCCUUGACUACAGAGAAGAACUGGCCAAACAAUUAAAAGAGGACAUGGCAGUAACAAAAAUAAAGAAAACACAGGGAAGAAGAAAAAGUAGGAAAUUUAACUGUAGUGGUCAGAUGAACAUGUCUGGGGAUGGGUCUAGUAAUGAUAGUGGGGCACAGAGUCGCUCAGGGUCAAGGGCAGGUCGCUGGAGUAUGACUGAUGACCAAAAAGACGCCCAGAAGUCAGAGGCCCCAGCAAAGGAGAGCUCCCUUCCGGAGUCUUCUCAGACAGUCCAUGUGAUGUGGGAUGACCCGACCGGGCGACUGGAGCAGGAGAAACUCGCCCACAAACUGCAGCGGGCAUGUAGCCCCACCCAGGACGUCCACAACGUACAGGAGAUGAUGGAUGCUCAGUUCUCUGAUGUUGAGGAGGAGCACCCUGUGCCACAACUGCCAGAGAAUGAACCAGACAGAAGGUUGUCUUCACCCCCAGCACCUCCUGUUGCUUUCCACAGACAGUCUGAGCCAUCUGUUCCUUCUCCCCAGCCGGUUACUAUAGUACACGAUGUGAAGGAGGACCGUAAAUCAGCCCCGCCCAUCUUCAUACUGUCAGGGAUGUCACAGGAGGAAAGAGAUGAUUAUGGAGUUUUGGUAGAGAAUCUCGGGGGCAGGAUGUUGGACGGUCAGAACUUUGACCCCUCCUGUACUCAUUUGGUUAUUGGUGUCCCAGCUCGAAAUGAAAAGUUCCUGGCCUGUGUAGCUUCUGGGAAAUGGGUCUUGCACAAGUCUUAUUUCGAGGCUUGUCGACAAGAGGGCAAGUUUGUACAGGAAGAUUUCUACGAGUGGGGUGGGGAGGGAACAGCUAGUCUGCUGGAGAAGAUGAACCCCGCCGUCAGGAAACUGUGUGAGGCCGCUCACAGUUGGAGGCUAAAAAUCAACUCUGCUUCACAGUCCUGUGUGGGAGCAUUCAGCGACUGGAAAGUUUUGCUGUGUACGGAUCGGAAGAAAGAAGACAACUUCCGCAGACUUCUAGAGGCAGGGGGAGCCACUGUUAACAACGUCAAACCUCCGUUUUCUAAAUCGGUGUCUGCUAGCCACGCGUUUAUGGAACUGAACAAGGUCGAGAUGUCAGAGGAUGACAUUGGGCUCCUGGUAAAGUUGGGGGUCAUUUGUGUUAAACCAGACUUCAUUGCGGCCCACCUGACCAACAAUCCGGCCCCCAAUCCCGAUGAUUACUGCCCUUCAGAGGUCAAGACACUGUUACAAAGCAAGCAAUGCGCACGCAGGACCAAGACAUUGCCCGGAAGUUGCUUUCUUUACGUCACGAGAUGCAUGCACUGAAGCUACAGUGGAGCUGUGAUGAACACAAGGAGAUGUUGGAGGACGCUCAGUGGGACCUGGAGGAAAUGCACGAACUUCAGGACAUUUGUGACACGCCCCUAGACAGCAUGCAACCCCACCCACUCAAACAAAUAGGCGUGACCAAAAUGAACCUCAACACCCGGAGAUUCUCUAUUCUAUAAAGUGUUCUACAAUCGUAUUUAUUCCACGGGCUUAAAAUGUACGGUGAUCUAUCGAAUCUUGCACAUGUACGCUCGCUAUAUGUGAAACACGACAGUGCGAGGGUGAUAGAGGAAAUGUCACGUUUUACGGCAAAUGUCACGGUAAUCGGCAACGAGGUAUUCUACUGUCGGUAACAGUGUCCACGUAUUAGACAAAUUCAUUAAAUACAUGUAAAAUAUAUGAUUUUCUUCGUUACAAUUUGUAUCACACGGAGAAUUACCGGUAGCAUGGAUCAUUAAAAAGAUUCAUGUAUUUCGCUUUGGUGGUGUCGGUAACAGUGGUGCACUGUCGUACAGUAAAUACUUACAAGUUGUUGGCUUUACUGCGUGUUAUGCAUUUCCACCUAGCAUCUUUAUUUUCAAAAAGACAGUACUGUACGCAAUUGUUGGUAAUAUAAAAAUUGUCUGUGAUUUUGUCAAUUUAGAAAUCUGUGAUUGUACAUUAGUCCGUUCAUAACACCCAAAUGGCAUAUACAUUGUAAUUAUAUUGAUCCAAGAAUUAUUCUCUGUUAUUUAAUCAAGAGAAUGAACAAGAUGUAGGUAAAACAAUUAUUUAUGAUACUGUAAACUUUGUUGGCAUUUAUUUUUGUCAACCUGCCGUAAAGGUGUUGCUAGUUGUUGAUGCCUUUAAUAAAUUUCAAUCGAUUGAAAUAGACAGCUACAUGUCACAACAUUUCAAUAAAAAAUCUCAAAUGUUUCCUGAAUGAUAACUAUUGCGAUUAUGAUAACGGUAAUACUUAGCAGUCUAUAUUCUGAAAUCUGGAACAGCAACCACAUUUCUGUAUGAUGUAAGAUUCUUGAAAGCUGUGUUGCCAUUUUCUUCUUCUUCAAAUAACUCCUGUCAAAUAUUAAGAUGUUGAAUCUGUGAAGAUUAGAAAACUGAACAAAAUAAAUGUUUUUAUUUAAUAUGUUCAUUCUUGCAGAAUUAUGCAAUAAUUAUCAGAUUGCUGACGGACGAAGAGAAGGAAAUAAAACCAAAAACUUG